AGACGGACACUUGGAUGUUUGUGAAGUCUUCCUUGUAUCUCUCCCUCUCUCUCUCUUCUCGACACAGAGACAACCAAUUGUGAACUCUGUAUAAAUCUAGAACCAAACUGCCGCUUUUUUUUGUUUCUCCGAGGAGCGCCCUCUCUCUCUCUCUCAACUUCUCUCUUUUCUAUCCCUAUUUUCUCUGCAACAGAAACGCUUUUGGAAAGGAAAUACGGCAGCUUAAACACCAAUUCUUCUCUCUCUUUACCUUUUCAUAAGCUAGCUUAGCCCCAUUUGGUUUCGCUCAAUUUCCGCAAUGAGACAAGAAGGAAAUUUUCUCAAGUCCAACUCGUGGCCGAAAACGGUGGCCAGAAAAUGGUUGAAUUUAAAGGGUGGAUCGGAUGAAUUUGACUCAGAUUAUGACACAAAAGCUUUUCUUCAGAGGAGUUUGAAGUGUUGCUCCGACGAUGGGCCUUCCACCGUCGUGCCGGAGGAAUUAUCAGAGGAGUGGUUGAUGGAAACGAGCGACGAAAUUGAGCGCCCAGGAUUUGACCAGCUUGUGCCACCUGUCUCUACUGAUCUUGACCUCAGGAUGUUUGUUGGGACAUGGAAUGUAGGAGGCAAGACUCCAGAAGACGAUCUAAACAUAGAUGAUUGGUUAAAGACCAAAACACCGGCCGACAUUUAUGUACUCGGGUUCCAAGAGAUUGUACCUCUAAAUGCCGGCAACGUGUUAGGCCAAGAGGACUAUAGCCCGGCUGCAAAGUGGCUUUCCCUAAUCCGCCACUCUUUAAACGGCGAUUCAGUUAAUCCCCCAUCCAAACGCUCUCUAACAGUAGUGACCGAUCAUGAUAAUUAUUUUGAUGACAUUUUGAGUUCGAGUUCGAGUUCGAGUGAAGACGAUUCACCUAGUCCCACGAAACAUCAGAAGUAUUGUUUGGCUGCCAGCAAGCAGAUGGUAGGCCUGUUUUUGUGCGUGUGGGUUCGUGAGGACUUGAAUCACCAAAUUAGUAGUUUGAAGGUUUCGUGUGUUGGGACAGGCAUCAUGGGAUACCUAGGAAAUAAGGGAUCGGUAUCUAUCAGCAUGAGGCUGCAACGAACCACAUUUUGCUUCGUGUGUACUCACCUUGCAUCCGGAGAGAAAGAGGGAGCUGAAACUAGAAGAAAUUUGGACGUUAUGGAGAUUUUGAAGCGAACAAGAUUCUCACAUUCAGUCCCUCAUAACAUUUUAGACCAUGACAAGAUAAUUUGGCUCGGGGACUUGAAUUAUCGGCUUGCAUCUGUGUGUGGCGAUGAUACAUACCAACAACUUGAAAGGAAUGACUGGCAAGCGCUUCUCCAGAAAGAUCAGUUAAGAUUGGAACAAAAAGCGGGGCGAGUAUUCCAAGGGUGGGAAGAAGGGGAAAUAUAUUUUGCUCCAACCUAUAAAUACAUCGCAAAUUCGGACACAUAUGCUUCCCAAACCUCCUCGCCCAAAGAGAAGCGUCGAACACCUGCCUGGUGUGAUAGAAUUAUGUGGAAAGGCGAAGGGCUUAAGCAAAUGUGUUAUUUUAGGAGCGAAUCAAGAUUUUCAGACCAUAGGCCUGUCUACUCGGUGUUCACCGUGACGGGUGGCAAACAAACAGACGAAUAAUGGAAUUCCACGUCCGACAUACUGACACGUGUUUCUCCGAUAUUUGACGUUCAUAGACGCCCGCAACGCUCACCUCUGUUGACUGCGGGCCGGCGGCGGAGGCAUGUAUAAAAGCACAUGUGGGUGCUUCGCUGCAGUGACGUGGCGCGCUAGGAGAGGUGCAAAUAUGGUGGCGUCCAUUUUGAUUUACAAACACGUUUUUGAAUUAUUUAUUUCCAAAAUUAUGAGAAGGGAAAUGUAACUUUUGAAAGUAAAAUGGAUGUGUAGAGAAUUUUUCGUUUUGGUAAUUGCUUCUCCCUAAUUUUUUGAGGGAUCUUUGUAAAUUGCGAGCAUUUGCUGAUAUGAAAUGUAUUCUAAAUUUUGAAUGGU